CUCCACCCUGAGGUGUUCAUGGGUGACAAUAUUGUGACGGACACACAGGAGACAUAGUGUAUUUGUGAGUUAGUGACUUAGUCUUUCAUGACUUAGUCAUGUUUAAUGGAUGUGUAAGUCAUGUACAAAAUAAUGUUACAGGAAAUGAGAUGACAUCGGUGAUGGGGGCAGAGGGCCCCGGGGUGACACAGAUGGAGAAUGGUGGGAUGGACAAUGUUGCAGAGAUUGCAGAGCAGGAGUUGGAAGGAGUCACACAGAUGCAUGUGGCUGCCGUCAAUGGAGAUAAAGCCUUACUUGCCAAACAAAUAGUCUCAAGUACUCAGGAAUUAGAUACAGGUGACCAGUUUGGGCGUACUCCCCUCAUGUUCUGUGUGUUGGCUGAUAGACUGGAUUGUGCUGAGUUGUUAUUACGAGCAGGGACCCAGGUUAAUAGAUCUGACAAAGGAGGCAGAACAGCACUACAUUGGGCAGCUCAUAAAGGAAAUAAUCGGUUGUUGAAGUUAUUGUUAUCUAAAGGAGCUGACAUCAAACAGAAAGAUAAUGAAGGUCAAACAGUUCUCCAUCUGUGUACACGACAUAAAUCUACCAAAUGCAUGAAUUUGUUACUACGGCAACUGUCUCCAGGGGAAAUUGACGAUCAGGACAAGAAAAAGAGAACAGCUUUACACUGGGCAGCUUCUUAUGGCAAUGUGGAACAUGUUAAACUUUUAAUCAAGCAGGAUUCUAAUAUAGGUAUACCAGAUAUUGAAGGUAAAACUCCUUUACAUUGGGCAGCAAGUUGUAUGGACCCAGAUGCACCUAGUUGUGUUAGACUUAUAUUGGAAACCACCCCAACAGUUAUAAACUGGCCAGAUUAUGAAGGGAGAACAGCCUUACAUCUAGCAGUGGCUGAUGGGAAUGAAUCUAUUGUAAAAGUGCUAAUUUCUGUUGUAAAUAGUAAUAUAUCAGCUUUAGAUAACAUGUUUAGGACACCUCUCCACUGGGCUGCAGUUUUAGGUCACUCGGGAAUUGUAUCCCUGCUAUUAGAUAAUGGUGGAGAUUAUGCUUCCGCAGAUGCAAACGGUGCCACACCCCUUCACUAUGCAGCUCAAAAUAAUCAUUCUGAUACAGUAGCUGUGUUCCUGACCUAUAAGAUAGUUGUAGAUGAACCAGAUGUGGAAGGGAGGUCAGCGUUUAUGUGGGCAGGAGGUAAAGGUGCUGAUGAUGUUGUCACAGUUUUCUUACGGUCUGAUGUAGAUAUUCAACAAGUGGAUAAAAAUGGUGGCACUGCAUUACAUGCUGCAGCACUUUCUGGUCAUGCUUCAACAGUCAAGAUUUUACUGGACCAUGGUGCACUGAUUGAUGCUCCAGACCUUCUCAAACAUACCCCAUUAUUCAGGGCCUGUGAGAUGGGCCACACAGAUGUGGUUCAGACUCUUAUAGAUUAUGGUGCUCGUGUUGAUGUAUUAGAUCAUGAUGGCAGGUCUUCUUUACACUGGGCAGCAUUAGGAGGCCAUGCAUACAUUUGUCAAACUUUAAUCAAAUAUGGUGUGGAUCCAAAUUUUAGGGAUCAUAAUGGACGAACACCUCUCCAAUGUGCAGCCUAUGGUGGUUAUGUUAAUUGUAUGUCUGUAUUGAUGGAACAUAAAGCUGAUCCCAAUGAUCAAGAUAAUGAGGGAAUGACAGCUCUACACUGGUCCUGUAGUAAAGGUCAUCUAGAUGCUGUUAAACUUCUAAUGGAGUAUAGAGCAUUUCCUAACCACAUGGAGUUUACUGAAGAUAGGUACACUCCAUUGGAUUAUGCUUUGAUGGGGGAGCACCAUGAUGUAGCUCAGUAUAUGAUAGAACAGGGGGCACUGUCGAUUACGGGUAUUCAAGAUAUUGCAGCUCUCAAAAUUCAGUCUGCAUUCCGAGGAUUCCGAGUCAGGAAAACUUUCACAGAAAGAAAACGAUUGCUGAUGAAGCAUGAACAACUGAAGAAAGAAGCUGCAAGAAAAAGAGCUGUCGAAGAAACGAGAAAGAAAGAAGAUACAAAACAUAAAGAAGAAGUAGAAGAAAGGCAAAGGCCAGCCUAUGUUGAUAAAACUCUAGUCACUGUUACUCAUGAGCCAAAGACUGAGCAAGUCUUCGCCAUGAGUUACAUAUCCGCCAAAAAGAAAAGAGAGAAGGAGGUGUCUGAGCAAGAAAAAUUGUUACGGUCUCACGAAGGAGUCAAAAAUGCCAAAUCUAUAGAAAGACAACGACAGAAGAACUUCCGUCUCAAACAGAAAGCUGCAUUUAGAAUACAGAAAGCAUGGAAAAAAUACAAGAUGAGACAGUUUGGUAUACUGACUGUAGCCAAGCAGUCCAUACAUCAACUACAGACACAGACUGGGGCGGAGGAGUUCCAGAAACAAAUAGCUGCCCUUACUAUACAGCUAGCAUGGAGGAAAUAUUACAGACGUAAACUUCUAAGGUCAUUGACACCAAACAGAAGACAGCUCCAUCUGUGGGAUCCUGAGGUGAUCGCCAUGAAACAAAAAGCUCUAGUCAAACAAAUUUAUGGUGAAGCACCACCUGUACCUUUUUGGCACCCGGCUCCUAAAAAACCUGCAAGACCUUACUGGUCAAAAUGGGUACCUUCAGCAGCAGCCUUGUCAUAUAAUUUUGCUGUUGAUCGAUAUCAUCCACUUGUCUCCAAGAAAGGAUUUCUCCCUUCUCCAUUUAUUGACCCUCAGGGAUAUCCUAAAAACUUUGAUUGGAAUCCAUUAGAAGAUGAAGAUUUAGCAAACAACUUAAGAAGUGUGCGAGUACCUAAUACUACACAGUCUAGAUCACGACAGUAUUCUUACAACAUAUCACGAGGAGGCAAUGGAUAUAGGUCAUCCUCAUUUGUAUGAUCAUGUGAUUACAAGUCAUGUGACUUAACCAGAUUAUUUUGGCAGUAAAUUUGUCACAUGAUCAUUGAUAACUGUGAUAGCAACCAAGACAUUUAGUUGAUAUAGUGAUGUUUACUGUCAUCUAAAAUGGAUCCAAAAUGUUAAAGAUUGGACAGAAUUGGAAUUCCUAUACUUCUUUGGAUUUGUAGAAUACAAGACAUUUAACAAGAUACUUCAGAGUGAAACUUUUAUAUCUCACCAUACCAGAUGGGUUCAUUGAAUUAAAUCAAUUUCAUUUUGAAAAAAAUGGAAAUGUUUGUUUUUUAGAAUCUUAAACAUAUAGAAAUAUUGGUUUAGAGAAUUCGAAAUUUUGUAAUCUUGCUUUUACAUGUAGCAUUCCACCACACGUUUGAUUUAAAGGAAAAAACUCAUGGCAGGCAAAAUAACUUGUUGAAAACCCAAAAAUAUUGUGUGUCAGAUAAAAUUAUUAACAUUUCAAAUAUAAUACAGCAUCAGCAAGUUAUAUUUUUAUUUACUGCACUUCUUCCGCAGUGCACUCAGAUACAUAUUUGAAACUGUGUUUCAUGUACAUUUUUAUUUAUUUAUAUUUAUAGAUAGAUGCAAAGUGGUAGAUUUAUAUUCAAGUGCUUAUAAUAAUCAAUUUGUGCACUUUCAUCGAUGAUUUUAAGUCAUUUAAAUUGUAAAGGAAUCUUUUUUGACUGAUUGUCAUGGUUAUUGCAUUUUAAACAAGAUAAAGAUGAUGUCUUCAGUUUGUUAAAUGUUGAAUUAAUGAUAGAAUGUGUAUUAUAUAUUAAGUUUUGCCAAGGGGUAGAAUUUUUCAAUUUUU